UCAGGGCGUAAUACAGAGUCUGUUUCAGUGAAGUGACUCUGAUGUUUUGGGAGUCCGAGCUACAGAAUAGCUUUGACAAAUAUCCAGCAUGGCAGAACAGGCAUUUGUCACUUUGGCCACAAACGAAAGCUAUGCGAGAGGAGCGAUGGUGCUUGGAAAAUCUCUUAGGAACCACAAGACUUCAAAAAAGCUGGUGGUGCUCAUUGGGCCACAUGUGUCCGAUCAGUCGAGGGAAGUGCUUCGUAAGAUCUUCGAUGAAGUCAGGCUAGUGGAUGUGUUGGACAGUGGGGACACAGCACACUUGGCCAUGAUGAAGAGACCUGAUCUGGGGGUCACUUUCACUAAGCUGCACUGCUGGACUCUCACACACUACUCCAAGUGUGUGUUUAUGGACGCUGACACACUGGUGGUUUCCAACAUCGAUGAGCUGUUUGACAGAGAGGAGUUGUCUGCGGCUCCAGACCCCGGCUGGCCUGAUUGUUUUAACUCUGGUGUGUUCGUGUUUCGCCCGUCCAACGAAACCUACGGCAAACUCCUGCAGUACUGCACAGAGCAUGGCAGCUUCGACGGAGGGGACCAAGGAGUUCUGAACGGCUUCUUCAGCGACUGGGCAACCGCCGACAUCAACAAACACCUUCCCUUCAUCUAUAACAUGAGCAGCAUAGCCAUCUACACGUACCUUCCGGCGUUUAAACAAUACGGUGCAAAUGCAAAGGUUGUGCACUUCCUGGGCCAAACGAAGCCAUGGAGCUACACGUAUAACCUCACGCAGAGGAGAGUGAGAGGAGACGCGCAGGCCUCGUCUCAGACCGGCUUCCUGCUGCAGUGGUGGGCUCUGUACAGCGCCGAGGUGCUGCCCGCUCUGAUCCGAGAGUAUGGAGACCAGCCCUUCGACUCCGGCUGUGAGGAGGAUGCUCCGGCGAGCGAGGAGCGUGUUCAGCCGCUCAUGUCCUCAGCGGAGCGCAAGCAGAGAUGGGAGCAGGGCCAGGCCGACUACAUGGGAAUAGACUCUUUUGACAACAUUCAGAAAAAGCUUGACGUUUUCCUAAAAUAAAAAGUCAAACAGAAAUUUGAGAGGGUAUUCAGCUAUGCAAGACUGUCACACUGUGGCUGCUAACACGUCACUCUCUGUCUUCUUCAUUCAAGCAUGCAAUGCUAACUGUACCUUUAAACCUCAAAAUGUGAAUUCUGCCAGUGCAUGGCAUUUGUAAUAG